AUGGGAGUAGUUCUGGCGAUCAAAGAAAUUAAAAGUAAAGACUGGAGCGCAGAGGAGUUUUGGAAUAUUCAAAUCAAAGAUGAUCACAAAACUGAGUGUAAUGAAUUCUGGCAAAGUGUCUUUAAAUCGUUAUUACAACAAAGAAGUAUUUCAUCAGAUUACGGCAACGAAAAUUUUGUAAAGAAAUUAUUUCCCGAUACGGAAAUACCUAUAGUUUGUUCUAUCGACGAGGCACAUGAAUUGCUUACAAAGGCAAAAGGUGAUGAAACCUAUUUUGUUCAAUGGAGACGACAAAUUCGAAAAAUUUCAUGGGUUGGGUUCUUUAAUAUUCUUCUCAGUACAAGUGGGAAGAUUGGCAAAUUCCUCCCUCCAGUGACAAAAGACACUAUCUCUGCCAGAUCAUAUGAUUUCAUUAUAUUUCCCGCGUAUUUGGAUGUCAACACCAUGGAUAUACUAGCAUCACUUGCUGAAAAUGUUGGUCUAUCAAGACUUUAUCCAAUGCCCAAUCAAAUCUUGCCUGCCUGGGUAUGA